AUGCGCGAGUCCGUUUACGAUGGCAUCACGGUCGGCUGUGGACAAGACGCCGCUGUUGAAACCGGUGACGCCGUCGCCGGACAUACGCAACGCCUUCUGCAUGGCCUCUUCGAAAGUGCGGCCGAUAGACAUGACCUCACCAACAGAUUUCAUACCACUGCCGAGCAGGUUGUCCGCAAACUCGAACUUACGCAAAUCCCACUUGGGGAUUUUAACAACCACGUAAUCCAAACUUGGCUCGAAGCAAGCUGUGGUGACCAAGGUGAUAGCAUUGCGCAUCUGCACCAAGUCGUAACCCAGAGCUAUGCGGGCAGCAACGUAUGCCAACGGGUAUCCGGUAGCCUUGGACGCAAGGGCGGAACUGCGACUGAGGCGUGCGUUCAGCUCAACAAUGAAGUACUCGUCAGUUUCCGGGUUGACGGCAAUCUGGAUGUUGCACUCACCAAUGAUGCCAAGGUGACGAACAAUCCUGAAAGAGAUCUCGCGGUACUUGUAGAGCUCUACGUUGGUCAGGGUUUGCGCAGGAGCCACCACGAUGGAGUCGCCUGUGUGGAUACCGAGGGGGUUAAAGUUCUCCAUGCUUGCCGGAGUUAUGCAGUUGUCGCUGUUGUCACGGAUGAUCUCAAACUCGAUCUCUUUCCAACCGUGCAGGGCCUUGUCGAUGUAAACGCAUACGGCGGCAUCUUCCGACUCGGCGCCGUUAUUAGACGAGGUGCCCUCGGGUUCGUGUCCUUUACGGCACGAGCCUGGGGUGAAAAUGUUUGA